GACUACGAAUUUGUAACCAUAGAUUUGUCCAAGGGCGAGCAGAAAUCGGCCGAGUUCAAGAAGAAACAGCCGUUCGGCGUCAUUCCUGUGCUGGAAGACGAGGAUGUUGAGCUUUUCGAAUCCCGAGCCAUCGCACGAUACGUCGCCGACAAGUACGCUGAACAAGGCACGAACCUCCUCGGCUCCACCCUCAAGGAGCGUGCCCUGGUGAAUUUGUGGCUGGAAGUUGAGUCUCAAAACUACAACCCCCCUAUUUCCGGGCUGAUAGCUGAGAAGAUUUUCAAGCCCAGGAAGGGACUGACCACAGACGAGGCCAAGGCAGCGGAAUACAAGGCAAAGCUCUCUCAAGUCCUUGACGUGUACGAAGCACGCUUGCCUUCAAAUGACUACCUGGCUGGCUCCUUCUUUUCCUUGGCGGAUCUAGUCCACCUGCCUUACACUGCCAUGCUCUGGGUGUCUGGCGAUUCUGAUGUGAUAACGUCACGGCCUAACGUGGUGGGCCUGGGAGCAUCAGGCAGAGCAGCAGCGCGCCUGGCCCUAGCGAGGGGUGCUGCUGCUGUGAUCGGCCUGGACAGGAGGACAGACGCCAAGGCACUGGAGGUGCGUGUGUGUGUUGUCUCUGCUGGCAGCAACACCAUGGCCAUAGCAUGUGGGGCAGGGGGAGCUGCUACCAUGACCGGCCUGGACAGGAGGACAGACUCCAAUGCGUGCGAGGACAUUGAUGUAACCCCUUAUUUCUCCUCUCUCCUCUCUCGCCCACCCGGCGUGCCGAUGCUGUCUGAGCUGGCAUUCGCCUAUGACAGCCUGCCACCUGGAAUGCCCAUUGCUGCCGUCACAGGGACCAACGGCAAAUCCACUGUCGCCACGUUUGCAGGCCAGAUUCUCGAGUCCAUUGGAAUCCACACAUUUGUGGGCGGCAAUCUGGGCACGCCCCUCUCACUGGCCGCCCUCGAAUGUGUCAUGGCGUCACAGCAUGGUCACACCGGCACCUCCAACCCCUUCCACGCAGCAGUGGUGGAGGUGAGCAGCUACCAGAUGGAGUUGCCUGGAAGGUUCCGUCCCAAGGCUGCGGUCAUUCUGAACCUCACGCCGGACCACCUGGAGAGGCACGGCAACAUGGAGAGCUACGGGGCGGCAAAGUGUCAUCUGUUUGCGCGCAUGGGGGAGUCUGAGGUGGCAAUCAUUCCAUCAGAUGACCCUCUGCUCACCCGGCUGGCAGGGGAGGCAGGGGGCCAUCCCAGCAUGGCGUGGCUGGGCCAGCUACCCGGGUGCACUGUGAACCACGAAGACAGAACCGCCUUGCUGCAGCUGCCACUCUCCACAACCAGUGCCAGUGCUGACAGUGGCAGGGAGAGCAGCAGUGGGGGCAGGGAGAGCAAGGAGAGCAGCAAGGGGCACGGCAGCAGCACAGGAGACCAAGCCCCUGUGCUGGCUCUGGAUCUGUCCGCGUUACAAGCUGUGGGCAGGCACAACGCGGAGAAUGCGGCUGUAGCGGCGCUGCUGUGCCUGGCGCUGGGGAUGGAGAGCAGUGGAGUGCGGUUGGAAGGGGUGCAGAAUGCAGUGAAGGUGUUGCAGCCACCACCACACCGUAUGGAGCUGGUGGUUGUGGACGGUCAGGAUCGUGCGUGGAUCAACGACAGCAAGGCCACCAACGUGGAGGCAUCAACGGCUGGGAUCAAAGGGCUGGGAGAUGAAUCCACGGCUGUUAUUCUGCUGGGAGGAAUAGCUAAGGUCUUCAAGUCCCUCGCAGCAACAGAUGAAGGAGGAGCAUCUGACGCCUCCCCUCUGGGCUUCUCCAAGCUUGUCCCCGUGCUCAACCGCCAUCGAGCCGUGAUCACUUUUGGCCAAUCAGGCCCGUCUAUUGCAAGUGAGCUCACAGCCGCGGGUCUCGCAGUCGCUGUCAUUCCGUGCACCACAAUGGAGCACGCCAUGCAUGCUGCUGCCCAGACAGGCCUCCCGGCUCAGCCGCUGCACCAUGAUGCAGCAAGUAAUGCGUCUACUGCUGCAGAGACUGCUCUCCCUGUUGAGUGUUGUGGUGAUGUUGGAGUCGACUUGCGUACAGACAGAGGUGUCUCCAUCUCACAGUCGCUCUCAUUCAGUGCACCACAUUGCAGCAAGCCAUGUGUGCUGCUGCGGUGCGGACACAGCUCUUCCUGGUGA